AUGGAGGGAUAAUAAUAUCAAUAUUUGAUGGCAGAUGAGUACUUCUUAGAAAAUAAUGAAUCAUAUUCAUCCUUUUCACUUGGUGAUAUUUAAUUUUUCGUCAAUUUAAAUGAUUUUGAAGCUCCUAUCUUUUAACCCUCCAAAAUUCAGAAUCCUUAUGUUAGUUUAAUUGGAAAUUAUUGUAUGUCUGGUAUUAUGAUUAUUCAUAUGAUUAUUAGAUUCAUCUAUUAUUGUCAUUAAUAAAGUUGAUCCAAUAUUUGUUGCUAUUAGAGUACUUAGAAAUAAAUUAGCAAAUGAAAAAUAAGUGAAUUCUAUUGAAUUUGAGAACAUUUUUAAUAGUGAAGAUUCUUUUGAAAUUUAUUUAAGCAAACACAAAUAAAUAAAAGAGAAUAUAGAUUGUAUAAGUUUUACAAAAUAAUUUAAUGAUGACUUAUAUGUAAAAUUAGAUAAAGGAAAAUUAUUCUAAUUUUUAGAUAUUAAAUACAAUAGCAUUAGGGAAUAUUCAUAAUAAAGUGUCUAUUUUUUAAAUGAUUGCAAUUAAAAAAAAUAAGAUGGUACAUAAUUAAUUAUAAAAUUAGAAUCUUAGUUAUAGAGUUGUAAUCUAUUUUAAUAAUAUAUUGGUGAUUAACUAUUUACUGAGUAUAAAGCCACAAAGAAAACUGAUGUAACUAAUUAGGUAUCAACAGUUAAUUUUGAUUAAUAACAAAUUACAAAUAAAAAGUAAGAAGAAAAAGAAAAACAAGAAAUCCAAAAUAAAUAAAAAUCUAAGUCUUUGUAAAUUAAGAAAAAUGCAUCAGAAAUAAAAAAUGCAAAGGCUUCUUAGGGUUGUGGUAGAUUAGAUUAAAGUUUCUUAAUUAAAAAAGUACCUAAAUAAGAGUAAUGA